AUGAACGCAGAUACGUGCGUCUCAUACUGCGAUAUGACAUCGAUGGAUUCAUAUUAUAGCCCAUCUACUGCGCAAGGUAGGGAUCACCAGACGAACCCGUUCAGGACUUUCCCGACGACUGAAACCAAAUACAGCCCCACAUUCAUUCCGGGUAAAGGGCAGGGUUACGGAGAGAAGUCCCGGAGUCCUUUCCAGCCGGAGUGCCAAUCACUGGAUGGCGCUGAGGAGGGCACCUUCAACAAAUACCAGCUCUUCAUGCAGCGACCGACCUGCAAAACUCCGCCUGAAGGCAGCAAGCUGCACCCGGACAGCGGACAUAACGGGACGCUCAUUCCCUGCUAUGGUGUGAUAAGUGGAGACCCAUUAGCCAAAUGGAGGAAGAGAGAACGUUUUGGCCAGAUGCAACAGGUCCGGACACACUUCUCCACUGCUUAUGAGCUGCCUCUUCUUACUCGGCCCGAGAACUAUGCACAGAUCCAGAACCCUUCGUGGAUCGGGAGCAGCAGUGGAGCAUCUCCAGUGCCGGGCUGUGUCGUGCCUUGUGACUCUGUCCCCUCCUGCAUGCCCCCUCACCCUCACGGUCAUGGAGGCGUCUCUGACUUCCUGGGUGUGCCGAGCCCAGGGAGCAGCCACAUGGGACAGACACAUAUGGGAAGCCUUUUUGGGGGACCCGGAAUGGGCGGGGGGAUCAAUGGCUAUGAUAUCAAUGUUGAUCCAGAUCGCAAGUCCUCCAGCAUAGCUGCGCUGCGUAUGAAGGCCAAGGAACACAGUGCAGCCAUCUCUUGGGCUACAUGAUGUCCCCGCCCAGUUCCACCCUGCCCCCAUAUGGCCCCUUCUCUGGAGCAGCCAUCAGCAAGC